CUUCACUUCCUCAGUCGUCAUAUCUCAAACCGCCAUCAUGUCGUCUCGUGUGGGAUUCCGCUUCCUUAACAACACUCGCUUUGCUUUCCGCAAUGCCACUGGUCCCUUCCGCCGGCAGGCCGGCCAGGGCUUCCGUUUCCAGAGCUCCGAGGCCGGCGCCGCGGAGCAGCAGAGCAUCUUCCAGCGCAUGUGGAACAGCCCCGUUGGUGUGAAGACUGUGCACUUCUGGGCCCCUGUGAUGAAGUGGGCUCUCGUCAUCGCCGGUAUCUCCGACUUCAACCGCCCAGCUGAGAAGCUGUCCCUUACCCAGAACGGUGCCCUGAUGGCUACCGGUGCUAUCUGGACUCGCUGGUGUUUGAUCAUCAAGCCCCGUAACGUCCUGCUUGCCGCUGUCAACUUCUUCCUUGGAUGUGUUGGUGUUGUCCAGGUCACCCGUAUUUACAACUACCGCCGCAGCCUCGAUGGCUCCGCUACUGAGACCGUCAAGGAGCUCGAGGGCGAGGUCGCCGAUUCCGCCAAGAAUGUCGUUUCUGCCGUUGAGGGUGCCGCUGAGAAUGCCGUGAAGACUGUCGAGAAGAAGACCAACUAAACUGCAUCAUCUUCAUGAGUCAGAUGUGUUGGAAGUCACGGUGACGGUGCGGGUACUGAAAGAUGUGGAGGGACAGGAUUGCACGUAGAUCGGUUUUUAUAGAGGCUCGGGCGUUCACUCGGCCACUCGAUACGCUCCAAAAACGGGAGUGUAUCGUGUUUAUUUUGCCAUUUGUGCCGUCCUACUUUCUACGGGAUCCGCUGUACAUAUAACUAUGGAAAGUCUUUGUUUUGUGCUCAA